GCUAAAAUAACGUGAGUGCGUGCGUGUGUGUGUGUGUGUGAUAUCGCGCGCGGGAUUAAAUCACUCUGCUGCUGCAACUCUUGCUUGCAUGCUCUGCAAAAAAUAACAGAAGAGAGACGAAGUGAUGGUCGCGUGAACACUUGUGACAUGUAAUUUAGGGUAACAGAUAACGUAAUUAGAGAUUUGAGAAUGGACAAAUUUUUGACUACAAAACUUUACCAUUGGAUGUGAAGAUCCCUUGAAAAACGGUUGAAACGUCAAAAUACUCAGCUACGUCGAAGUCAAUAUAAACAUUGUGUUGUGUGUUCGCAAUUAUAUAAUAAUUUUGACAGUCGAUCGAAAUCAAUUUUCUAAAAACGAUGACAGAGAGAAGACCGUAGUUGCCAGUGUGCGCUAUCCUUGGACGUUGCGCUGGCUUGCAGGAAAACGAAAAAGCUAUUGUUACACAUUGUCUUAUGGCCCCAGCCCUAGCCCCUUUCUCUCUCUGAGUCUUCUCUCUGACGAUGACGACGUUAUCCUGCAGUUAUCUUCCUGAUUAUUUUUCUAUAACGGACAUUUUGUGUACGGAAGAACGAUUGUCGUGCGAAUUGGAGGUUACGUUGCCACGCUUAGGGUUUUUGGAUCUUUCUUCUGACUCCAAAGAUUUAAAAUCAGGCACAAAGCUGGAGCUUCCUCUGUGGCUGGCGCAAGCAUUGAAUUUUGGAAGACACACCUCUAUCAGUAUAGACAUUCCCAAAACAUACAAGGAGAGAUAUAGAGAAAUUUUAUUAGCAGACGCUUGCGCAGUUGAAUUGAGCAAGUGGAAUCUUUAUUAUUACGAAUUAGGAAUGUACUUGAGAAAGUUCAAUAAUCGUGAUAGUGAAAUGAUAAUUGACAGUUUGUUAUUGACCUUCAGAUCGCGAUUUAGACUUAUAAUGGACUGGACACAAAAUUCCAAUCCUAUGCUCAACAGUUUACUGCCUAGAUUGGAAAGAGAUCUAUUCCUUCCAGGUAGAAAAGCAGAAGAACAGUUGAGUGAAUGGUUGAAAAAAGGUUCUAGCGUUAUCGAAACCUCGCAGAGUGCUGCAAAUCUUAAGAAACGUAAGCGAACCGAUUGUGAUCUUGAUUGAAAAAAAAAAAAAAGGUUGUAAAGUAGAAUAUGUGAUAUUCAAUAUUUGUGUGAGUUUUAUAUGUACAAAGUUAAUAUUUUUUAUACAAAUAACUGAGAUAUAAACGGGACCACGUAUAUAUACGACUGAAAUUACUAUUCAAUUAAUUUAUGUAAUAAUAAAUGUUUGCAGGAAAUAUAUCUUUUCGUACAUUGAAAUA